AUGUGUACUCUGACAUCAUUAUAUCAUCCAACUACACGCGAACAGCUUGAUAAGGGCAUGUACGUAUGGUUCCCCAAACCAAACAGCUUCACUGGCGAAGAUGUGCUUGAGCUGCAUAUACAUGGUGGACGAGCGGUUAUACAUGACACACUCGAGGCGAUCUCUGCUUGCGAUGGCACUCGCAUGGCCGAGCCGGGCGAGUUCACCAAACGAGCGUUUGACAACGACAAAAUGGACUUGACAGAGGUCGAGGGUCUGGCCGACCUGCUCGAGGCACAGACGCAUCAUCAACGCAAGGUAGCCCUAUCACAGAUGCAAGGUUCAAUCUCACGAUUUUAUCUUCAACUGCGCGAGGACCUCAUUCGUGCCUCGGCCUAUAUGGAGGCAUUCAUUGACUUUGGAGACGACGCAGAGAUUGAUCCAGAGGUCGUUGAACAAUCACGUCGGCGUAUAAUCAACCUCAGAGACAGGAUCAUACAACAUUUGAAUGAUGGCAAGCGAGGCGAGCGAUUGAGGGACGGCGCCGUCAUCACAAUCAUCGGUCCGCCCAAUGCGGGCAAGAGCUCAUUGAUCAAUCUGUUGGCCCGGCGCAAGGCAUCAAUCGUAUCACCAAUACCUGGCACAACGCGAGACAUCAUCGAGGUCAUGUUGGACGUUGGUGGAUACCCUGUGGUGAUUGGUGAUACGGCUGGCAUCAGAGUGUCUCAGGAUGUUAUCGAACAAGAAGGUGUAGAGAUGGCCAAAGAGCGUCUACAUCGAUCUGACAUCAAGCUGUGUGUACUGGACUGCAAUACAUUAAUGGAGAUGAAGACACCAGAUGCACUGGACCCAUUACUACUUCAACUUGUUGACCCUGGUACAUUGUUUAUAUUCAACAAAACAGACCUCAUUCAAUCAUCAACAUCAUCACAAUGGACUCGAACGAAACAAUCAAUCAUACAACAACUUGAACAACACUUUAAGUCCAACACACAUCUUCACGAUCAUAUAUCCAUUCCACCAAUCAACAGUAUUGAACUAUCAUGUUCCAAACAAGAAGGAAUCAAUCAACUUUUAAAACAACUCGAGAUAUCCCUGAGGGAAAUGUUUGAGAUAAAGGAUGUGGAAGCACCUCUACUUACAAGACUGCGACACAAGGAACACUUGACGAACUGUGUUGAAUCACUUGAUCGAUAUUUAUAUCAUUGUGAUGAUGACAUUGUACUGGCAUCAGAAGAAUUGAGAAGUGCAAUCAAGUCCAUUGGAUCAAUCAGUCAUCACGUCAAUGUAGAUGACUUGUUGGAUGUAAUAUUCAAAGACUUUUGUAUUGGAAAGUAA